AUGAGAGAGAAGAUGUCGGAAACCCGAUCUCCGAUGCCGUUGAUGUAUCGGAGGCAUUCAAGUGGGGAGAUGAUGAACAACUUGGCGUCGGUUUCGAGCAGUCUGUUGCCGGCUUUUGGAACCAUUGUUGGCGGGGAUUCAACUCCUCUCAGAAAAUAUGUCAUUGCACCCUAUGAUCGUCGGUACCGGUGGUGGCAAGCAUUUCUAGUGGUAUUGGUUAUAUACUCGGCAUGGUCAUCCCCGUUUGAGCUAGCUUUCAAGAAGGUGGCUACCGGCUCUCUCCUCUAUGUCGAUUUGGCGGUCGACUUCUUUUUUGCCACUGAUAUCAUCUUAACGUUCUUCGUAGCCUAUUUGGACAAAUCGACAUAUCUGCUCAUUGAUGAUCAUAAAAAGAUAGCCACAAGGUAUGUCACUCAUAUGAUGUUUCCGAUGGAUGUGGCAUCAACGCUGCCAUUUCAAUCAAUAUACCGACUCUUAACUGGAAGGCUGCACCGUGGGGAGGUCUUUGGCUUCCUUAAUCUGCUCAGGCUAUGGCGGCUAAGGCGUGUUAGCGAGCUCUUUUCAAGGCUAGAGAAGGAUACGCGCUUCAGCUACUUCGUGACAAGAACCAUCAAACUAAUAUGUGUCACACUUUUUGCAGUGCACUCAGCUGGCUGUUUCUACUAUUGGAUAGCCACUCAUCAUAAACACUCGAGUGAUACAUGGAUCGGAUCUAUUAUUGACAACUUUGAGGAUAGAAGCAUUUGGUUGGGAUACACCUAUUCAAUGUAUUGGUCAAUUGUCACCCUUACAACAGUCGGAUAUGGAGACUUGCAUGCAGUAAAUCCAGGGGAGAAGAUAUUCAAUAUCUUCUAUAUGUUGUUCAACAUCGGCCUCACCUCUUAUCUUAUUGGAAACAUGACCAAUCUUAUUGUCCAUAGCGCUGUCCGAACUUUUGUCAUGAGGGAUUCAAUCAACGAGAUCUUAAGAUAUGCAAGCAAGAACAGACUUCCAGAAGGGUUAAAAGAGCAAAUGUUGGCACAUAUGCAACUCAGGUUCAAGACAGCUGAGCUACAGCAAGAAGAAGUUCUAGGGGACCUACCAAAGGCGAUUAGAUCUAGCAUUUCCCAACAUCUAUUCCGCAAAACUGUUGACAAGACUUAUCUCUUUAAAGGCAUUUCAGAAGAUCUUAGUAGGCAAUUGGUUACAGAUUUGAAAGUAGAAUACUUUCCACCCAAGGUUGAAGUUAUACUACAAAAUGAGAUACCAACAGAUUUCUAUGUUGUAGUAUCUGGAGCCAUGGAGGUGCUGACACACAAAAAUGGAAUGGAGCAGUUCUUGACAAAACUAGGCCCAAUGGACAUGUUUGGGGAAAUCGGGGUAUUCUUCAACAUCCCCCAACCCUUCACGGUGAGAAGCAAGAAACUUUCUCAGGUAGUCCGAAUUACUCAUCAUCACUUCAAGCAACUAGUGCAGCCUCUUGAUGGCGACGGAAAGACAAUAAUGUCCAACUUCACACAGUAUCUGAGGGACUUAAAGAAGGAGGUGCAAGAAGAGUUGCCAUUCUUGACAGAUCUCUUAUUGGACUUGAAUAUUGAGCAAACCACACCAGUUGAUGAAUCACAAAACCAUGAAGCAUCAAAUUAUGGCCGAGAAGAUGGAGAAGGAACACCCACUUCUGUACUCUCAAACGCAAUUCCUGUGAGGGUGGUAAUCCAUGGCCAUCAUCCACAUGAGGAAACAACAGACGGCAAAAGGACAGGAAAACUUGUGCACCUUCCAGACUCAAUAGAGGACCUUUUCAACUUAGCAGAGAAGAAGUUCGGGAAAAGAGGAACUACUAUUCUCAUGGCUGAUGCAUCUCAAGUGGAAGAUCUUAAUGCUUUAAGAGAGAAUGACCACCUGUUUAUAUUUUGAAUACAUGAAAAUAAAAUAUCCAAGUUUUUUUUCCAGAAAAGACAGUUGCAUUAACUUCUAUAAAAUUAAUUAUAAACAGAAUCUUGUCUACAGAAAAUAUUUGGAAUGUAAGAUCAAGAACUAUGGAAUCCAGUGACCUAUUAUAUGCCUUGUUAC